CUGAGUUCAGUCCAGUUCGGUCUCUCUCAUUCUCUUUGUGCUCCUCUCUCCCCCGGCUCGAUGACGUCAUCGAACAUGCAGUACAACAGCCUGGGCCGUUCGGGGCUGAAGGUGAGCCAGCUCUCAUACGGCGCGUGGGUGAGCUUCGGGAACCAGCUGGACGUGAAGGAGGCGAAGUCGCUCCUCCAGUGCUGCCGUGAUCACGGCGUCAACUUCUUCGACAACGCCGAGGUCUACGCGAGCGGCCGCGCCGAGGAGAUCAUGGGCCAGGCGAUACGUGAGCUGGGGUGGAAGCGCUCCGACAUCGUGGUCUCGACCAAGAUCUUCUGGGGCGGGCCCGGCCCGAACGACAAGGGGCUGUCACGGAAGCACGUCGUGGAAGGGACAAAGGCGUCGUUGAAGAGGUUGGAUAUGGAGUACGUGGACCUUAUUUAUUGUCACCGGCCGGACUCGACGACGCCGAUCGAGGAGACGGUGAGGGCGAUGAAUUAUGUGAUUGAUAAGGGGUGGGCGUUUUAUUGGGGGACUAGUGAGUGGUCGGCGCAGCAGAUCACUGAGGCUUGGGGGAUUGCUGAAAGGUUGGACUUGGUUGGUCCGGUUGUGGAGCAGCCCGAGUAUAAUCUCUUGUCCAGGCACAAGGUUGAGUCUGAGUUCCUUCCAUUAUACAGCAACUAUGGCCUGGGUCUUACCACCUGGAGCCCACUUGCUUCCGGUGUGCUUACCGGAAAAUAUAACAAGGGAAAUAUACCACCUGAUAGCCGAUUUGCAUUGGAGAACUACAAAAAUCUAGCCAGUAGGUCACUGGUUGAUGAUGUGCUGAAGAAAGUUAAUGGUCUGAAGCCAAUUGCAGAUGAAUUGGGCGUGCCACUAGCUCAACUUGCAAUUGCCUGGUGUGCUGCUAAUCCUAAUGUGUCAUCAGUAAUUACUGGUGCUACAAAGGAAUCCCAGAUCCAGGAGAACAUGAAAGCAAUUGAUGUGAUCCCUCUUUUGACUCCUGCUGUAAUGGAGAAGAUUGAGAAUGUUGUUCAAAGCAAGCCGAAGCGUCCAGAAUCGUAUAGGUGAAGAACAGUAUAUUUAUGUGGGCUCCAUAUAUUUAUGCACACUACACAGAAGAUUUCUCUUCUCCAACAGACUGGAAAUGAAGCUUGCCUUGUUAUUCUGUUGGUUAGUUUGUCUUAUCUGUGUUCUUGUGAAUGCUUGGACAAUUGAUUUGAUGUACUCUGUAUGGUAAUUUCUAGCACCCCCUCUUUGAUAUAAGGUGGGGGAGUUGCGUAUGUUAUGUAUUGUGGAUCUUUCUUAUAUGAAAUAUUUAACAUUGAUCGGCUUCAAAGGUUUUCACCCGGUUUAGCAUGGAAUUCUCCAUGGUUAGGAGAAGUCUAUGUGGGGUAUAAGAACACAUGUUACACUAUGUUUUACUUUCUUAGUUGAUAAUCUCUUGCAUUGUAAAGUGGUGCAGUUGAUUCUUUAUUGUGAAGCCUUAAAGGUGUGGCCUCAUAUGUACGAGUGUCCUGUUCUAGCAUUUCAAGGACUAAAGAAGUUCGAUGGUCGUGGGUAGUUCCAUAGUUUGCUCGGAGAUUGUGAUGAGAAACUUGUUUCUUUCUGCCCUUUGGUUGUGUAUUUGCCCACUUAAUUUAGUCAUGAGAUUUGGAGAAGCCAAUUUUGAGUAGGUUUAACAAUGAAAAUUGUUACAAACAGGAUUUAUCCCUCGUUCUAUAGUUAUAAGAGAAUAGUCUGAAUAGAUGAGCAAGGUGUAUGAUAUGGUCGAGGUGUUUCUGG